AAAAAUGCCAGAAAGACUAGAAGGAAAGAUAUGAAUGGGGUUUCAGCUUCCCCACCUUCUUCUCUAUGUCGUCUUCAAUCUAAAACGCAAAUCGACUACUGCAGCAAUCGAUUGACCUCCGUUGCUUUUGUUUCUCGCAGUCCAAGUCCAUUGAAUGUCAAUUUCAGCGGCCUUAGUCAUGAAGCAAGAGGAAGGUUGAUGGUAUCAUGCAAUAGCAGCACCAGGCCUGGCGGUCUUGGUUCCGGGGAUAGUGACAGCAAGGGUGUUCUGGAUGCAUUUUUCUUGGGAAAGGCUCUUGCAGAGGCACUAACUGAACGCAUUGAGUCCACCGUUGGGGAGUUCUUUAGUACUGUUGGCAGGUUGCAAGCUGAGCAACAAAAGCAAGUACAGGACUUCCAGGAAGAAGUGUUGGAAAGGGCUAAAAAAGCUAAGGAAAGAGCAGCACGUGAGGCCAUGGAGGCGCAGGGGCUCGUCUAUAAAUCAACUGAUGGUGUAGUUCCAGGUUCCAGUCCAGAUUCACCCCCAAGGACAACUCUCUCCCCAUCCUCUGAUGCUGCUGAGACAGGAGUUGAUUCUCCUACCAACACAGGUUAUCAAGCACAGGGGCAGCCUGUUUUAGAAGCAUCAAAUGAUGUUUGAAAAAUUAAGAAUGACUGUAUAGUUCCUUGUAGUCUUUGUGAGACAUAUCUUGAGUUUUGUAUCAGAGCAGAGCUCAUCAGUUAUGACACAAUUACACGUGACAUUUAGCAACAAUAAUCUUACUCCUCAAGGGUUGAUGGCUCCCUUGUGAAUUUCCCAAGCCACUUCUGGAUUAUAGAUAGCGCGGGAUUUUAUGCCUUACCCACCCCGCUAAGUUCUAUUCCUUUCAAGCUUAACAAAACUUUCUUCUUCGGUUA